AUGGCAGCAAUCAAGCCGAAUGUGAUAUUUGUAUUAGGUGGACCAGGAGCUGGCAAAGGUACACAAUGUGCUCGCAUCGCCGAGACUUAUGAUUAUGUUCAUUUAUCAGCUGGUGAGCUUCUACGAGAAGAAGCAGCUAAACCUGAUUCAACAUUAGGUAAAGAAAUAAAUGAACACAUUAAAAAUGGUUCAAUAGUACCUGUUGCAAUCACUUGCAAGUUACUUGAAAAUGUAUAUCUUUAUUUUGAUUUAAUUCAUUAA